UGGGAUUCUCGCUCUGGUCCUCUCGCGAGAUUCUCCCCUUGCCGGUAAUUGGUUCUCGGUAACGGCGCUGGCCGCUCUCUCCGGGGUUUCUCGCUGUAUGGUGUCUCCUGAGCGCUCACCCGAUCUCCCGUUGUGGAUACAGAGCCCGGUGGUGUGUGUUCUCGGUGCCAUCCUCCGUACAGUGUGAGCCGCGCCCUCCUGUCAGCGCAGACACAGCAGACAUGGCCGACCCCAAAUACGCCGACCUGCCGGGCAUCGUGAGUAACCGGAGCCAGACCGUACUGUGCAGUGCGAGGAACGAGCCCGAUGUAUAUGAGACGACCGAUUUGCCAGAAGAUGACCAGGCAGAGUUUGAUGCGGAGGAACUCACCAGCACUAGUGUAGAGCACAUUAUCGUCAACCCCAAUGCUGCUUAUGACAAAUUCAAAGACAAGAAGAUUGGAACUAAAGGGCUUGAUUUCUCUGACCGUAUAAGCAAGACAAAGAGGACAGGAUACGAGUCUGGGGAAUAUGAAAUUCUGGGAGAAGGAAUAGGACUGAAAGAAACCCCACAGCAGAAAUAUCAACGGCUUCUGCACGAAGUCCAGGAACUGACUCAAGAAGUGGAAAAAAUCCAGAGCACUGUUAAGGAAUCUGUAGCUGAGGAGAAGCUGACUCCAGUUGCAUUGGCUAAGCAGGUAGCAGCUUUAAAACAGCAGUUGGUGUCCAACCACUUAGAGAAGUUGUUAGGUCCUGAUGCUGCUGUCAACCUGACCGAUCCCGAUGGAGCACUUGCAAAGCGUUUACUUACCCAAUUGGAUGCUGCUAAAACUAGAAAGAGUCCAGAAGGGAAAAGCCCAGCAAAGGGUUCCGUCCAAGAUGCCGAAGGUUUAGUGACCUAUGAAUUGCACUGCCGUCCUGAACAGAACAAGUUUUCCCAGGCCGCAAAGAUAGCUGAGCUUGAGAAGAGACUGGGUGAGCUGGAAGCUGCCGUGCGCUUUGAUCAGGAUACGCAGAAUCCCCUCACUGUCGGAUUACAAGGAUCAAAUCUGAUGGACACUGUAGAAAUCCUGCAAGCUAAAGUGAAUAUGUUAGAUGUGGCGUCGCUUGAUCAAGUGGAAGCAAGGCUACAGAGUGUCCUGGGAAAGAUGAAUGAAAUUGCAAAGAACAAGGCCGCUAUUGAGGACGCUGACACAGAGAGCAAGGUGCAUCAGCUCUACGACACUGUUCAGAAGUGGGAUUCCAUGUCUGGGACUCUCCCCCAGGUUGUUCAGAGACUGAUGACAUUAAAGCAGCUUCAUGAGCAAGCUAUGCAGUUUGGGCAGCUGCUCACCCAUCUGGACACUACUCAGCAGAUGAUUUCCAACUCCCUGAAGGACAACACCACCGCUCUGGCCAUGGUCCAAAAGGCCAUGAAGGAGAACCUAGCCACAGUGGAGGAUAACUUCGCUAGCAUCGACUCAAGAAUAAAAAAGCUGGGCAAAUAAGUCACACUUUAUCCUUACAAGCCUCAAUGCCGCAAGGUGCAAGAAAUGAAUUCCUGCAAACGCUGCACUAAGAAAUUCCUCCAAGUUCUCUUUGCCUAAUAAGGAAGAAAGUUUUACUAUUGUGUAAAUAUAUAGUCUUGUUAUCCUCCAGUUUUACCCACUUCUUUGCUCUUUCCCUGGGUUAUGCUUAGAGUGCUUGUCCUAUAUCUGGUCAUGCAAGGGACAACCCAGCUGUGCUUUACCAUGGGCCAAGCAUUUUUCAAGGUGUUGCGUUUGCAUGCUGGUACUUGUGAUGCAGACUGGGAAUGUCUGGGGAGGAGAGGACUUUCUUAGGCUUUUUAUUUAUAUCUGUAUGUCCUUAUGCCCUCUGGUGCAGAAUGCCCAUCAAGGUUUAUGUGAGCAAAGCACCUUGUCUGUUAUAACAGCAUUGCUGACUAGAGGGAACCUGUUCUACACUAACUGUCCUCUAAUAAACAUAAGUAAAUUAUAAGGAUGAAUAUCAUGACACUUGAUAGGCUCUUUCUUACAUAAAAUAAUCUUUAUACAAUGAG